AUGAACAAUGGGGACCAGAACGAUGAUUCCAAUCGGAGGGGGAGCAACAGUGACGACGACGACAUGACACCCGCACAAUCCCGGCGAAAGGCUCAGAACCGCGCAGCACAACGAGCCUUCCGCGAACGCAAAGAACGACACGUCAAAGACCUCGAGGCCAAGCUCGCGGCCCUACAACAAGACUCCGUCAACGUGGCCGAAGAGAACGAGCGUCUCAAGCUCCAACUACAAAAAGCAGCCACCGAGAACGAGAUCCUGAAGGCCACGGCGGCACACCCGCAUCGGGGAGGUUCAGAGCCAUUGCCCAAUGCCGGGCCGAUGCGCUACUCGCCGACGGACUUCUACACGGAGGUGCUGCGCGCGCACGACAACAAGACGCCGAGCCACAGGAUCGUGACCUCUGAUACCGGGGAGCGGCUGCUGGCUGCCGGUGCGACGUGGGACUACAUUAUCAAGCACCCGCUGUACGUCCGCGGCUUGGUGGACGUCGGGGACGUCAGCGAGCGGUUGAAGAAGGUCGCCAAGUGCGAUGGGCAAGGGCCGGUCUUUGAAGAGAGGGAGAUUAUCGAUGCCAUCGAAAAGAGCGUUGCGAGCGGGAGCGACGAACUGUUGUAA